CUCAGACAUGCGCGUUGCACUGUAGUCUCGCAUUUCUCCUCUCGUCUCUUGUUUAUACAUUUAAAAAAACAUUAAAAAAAACAUUAUUAUAAAAUAAAUAAAAAUAACCUGUGCACGCGAAGUGAGACUCGAGACUAACUGCGACACUGACACGGGGGUAAAAAAAAAAACAACCCUCCAGCACCGGCCGUGUCCGCCCGACCCUCUUCACGGUCGGGAGCGAUGGCGUCCGUGUGGCAGCAGGAGCCGGCCGGUUACUCGUCGUGCGUGGAGAUCGACUCGAGCUCCGUGAGGUGCAAAGACCGCCUGGCCUCUCCGGUGUGGCUGAAGCAGGAACAGGACGACCUGCGCGUCAUCAAGUGGGAGAGCUUUCAAUCGGGGGCCUCGGCCGACGCCGUGCAGGACAACACGCCCAGCAGCGCCAUGUCCGCUGCCUCACACGGAGACAGCCUGCCCCCGCGGGUGCUGCUGACCAUCACCAAGCUGCAGUGCAUGCUGGAGAGCAAACAGGAGCGCAUCGCGGCUCUGGAGCGGCAGGUGGAGGACCUGAUGCAGGACCGCAAGUUCCUGAGGAGCCAGAUCGAAAACCUCACGUGCAACCGGGUCGUGCCGACCUUCGCGUCACCGAGUCCGCUGACCGAAGCUCCAAAAGCCAGCAAAGCGCAGCACUCGGAGAACAGAUCCCGGAAGAGGGAGCGAGCUUCUUCCUGCUCCUCCGGCAGCGCCGGCAGCGGCUCCGAGGCGUCGGAGUCCUCCGAAGCCUCGGUGGCGUCGAGUGAACACAGGAGGAAGAAACACCACAAGGACAAGAAGAGGUCAAAGAAAGGGAAGGACUACAGCCGGAAGAGAGCCACGGGCGUCCAGUACGUCAUCCACCGCUACAAGCAAGUCCUGUCGGCCUUCAUCAAGAAGAAAAGCAUGAGCGAAGCCUUCCGCCAUCUGGGGAUCGACCGGAACACCAUCGCCAACACGGCCUCCAUCGCCGAGCUGCACCUGGCCGGCAAGGACAUGGUCCCCCUGGUGGGCCUGUUCCGCCAAGGAGAAGAGACUCUGGUCAGCUACGCCCACAGGUGCACCCUGGUCAUCGACAGCGACGCCGACCUGUCCAGGAAAAUAGACCAUAUGAAAGCCAGCGGCGAGCUGCUGCCCAUCUCGGGGAAGAGGCCGCGGGUGCUGCAUUCCCACCUGCAGCAGCUGGGGGGCGCUGCAGAGAGCAUUUUAAUAGGUUGAUGAUCAUUCCAUGGCAUGGAGGAAGGAGGGGGGACGGACGGACAGACAUAAUACCUUCACAAAUGUUCUUUUUGUUUGUUUUUCCCUCAACAUGAACUGCUGGAUCCAAGUGUGUGUGUGUGUGUGUGUGUGUGUGUGACAUUUUAGAAUAAAAAAAAAGAAAAGUUGAUUUAUUCCUCAAGGGGAACACACAUGAUAUUAUUCCAGCUCAUGCAUCGCGCAUUCAGGAUGUAUAUUUUGUACUCGAUAGCCAUUAAAGAUGAUUGAUAGCUGCCGUCACCGAUAUGUUUUUAUUAUUUAAAAUCAGAGGAGCGUGUGAGUGUGAGAAACGGCCACCAGGUGGCAGCACUCAUAUAUCAUAUGAUGUUUUACAAAUCAGGUCCUCUUGUCAUUUUACUCCAAAAUGGUGGAUGGUCAAUUUUUCCAUUUUCCAGCACCUUUUUUUUUGUUGGUGUGA